AUGGGAUCCGAGAUUAACUUUCUUAAACAGGAAAACGCCAGACUUAUGGCUAAGAUUACUAGGCUUGAGAUCGAGAAUACUGAUGUUAAAGCCAAGUAUGAUAAGGCUAUGAACGAGAUUAUGAAGCUAAGGGCCGAGCUCAAGAGUAAAAUCGAGAACUCUAUUGUGGACCAGCUUGAUAAUACUUCUGAGAUUUCAUCCAAAUCUAAAAUCCAGUUUUCUUACACAAGUAAGCAAAAGAAAUUGGGGGAUAAAGAGACAGAUGCUUUCUUAAAUGAGUCAGGAAACUCACUUGAUUAUCCUGAAUAUUGCAUCUGCUUUUCAUGA